UAAAUGAAAUAUAAAAUUAAAUUAAAAAAAAAAAAAAACUAAAGGAACAGAGUGUUUUGGCUGUCUAAUCGAACUGAUUUUCCAGUCCGUUCCCAGUUCAUAUCCAAAAUUCAAAAACCUUCCACUCACACAAACCAAAACCCAAACUCAAACCCUAUAGCUCUCGGUUUUCGGAUCCCAAAAUCCCCAAUCGAUUACCAGCUCUUUCGAACUGUGGUCCGUACUGAAACAGUCUGAUCACGGUCUUCAGGUUUCGCCGGCUGUCCAACGAAAAUUGGCUUGGGUUUUCAGACUGUUUUUAUUUUCUUCUUGGCUUUUUUUUUUUUUUUUUUUUGGGUGUGUGUCUCUAGGUAGCUCUCGAUUUUGUUGUUGGGAAGGUAUGGGAAACAGAAAAGAGGAAGAGCGAAACGAGAAGAUUAUUAGAGGGCUUAUGAAGCUCCCGCCGAACCGGAAAUGCAUCAACUGUAACAGUUUGGGUCCUCAGUACGUGUGUACAAACUUUUGGAGUUUCGUUUGUGUGACUUGCAGUGGAAUACAUCGUGAAUUUACUCAUCGUGUGAAGUCCGUAUCCAUGGCCAAGUUUACUUCCCAAGAAGUUGAAGCGCUUCAAAAUGGUGGUAAUCAGCGUGCAAGGGAAAUAUAUUUGAAGGAUUGGGACCUCCAAAGGCAGCGUUUGCCUGACAGCAGUAAUAUUGAUAAAAUCCGACAAUUCAUAAAGGAUGUUUAUGUAGAUAGAAGAUUUGCUGGAGGAAAAACCUCUAACAAGCCUCCAAGAGAUAUGCAGAGCCAUAGAAGUCGUGAAGAUGAGACAAGACGUGCCAGUUCUUAUCAUUCUUAUUCUCAAAGUCCGCCUUACGAUUAUCAAUAUGAAGAUUGGCGGUAUGGAAAACAGGGAGCUAUGCUUACCAGGAAACCUGGUUCAGAUCGAGGCCUCUAUGAGGGGAAGAUGUCUAGUUCUGCCUAUAGUCCUGGUCGCUUAAGUGAACACACGUAUGAGGACAGGUUUGCCAAUGAGGUAUCUAUUUCCAGAGUUUCAGACUAUUCUGCAUCGAGUGGAGGAGAUCCAUUCAGGUCAGGUACACAGUCCCCUAAUUAUCAAAAGGAUAUUGGAUUUAGCAGCCCACCCUUUCAGUCUUCAAGGAAUAUUUCCCAUGAAGAUGUUAGAAUCCAGGAAAUAGAUACAUCUUCGGAGGCAAAUUUCAAUAAAGGUGCUGAUCGAUUUCCUUGUCAACAGAGAAGCAGAUCUUCAGGAAGUUCUGGAUCAAUAGAUAGCAACUUUGUGCCACUAAAGUCAUUUAAUUCAGGAGGAUUAACAGAUACUGCUUCAGAACCUGAAAUAGUUGCUGGAACAUUCCAAGAAAAAUUUCUUCCUGGAAGUUCGGAUGGCUUGGACCUAUUCAAGAUCCCAUCUGCACCUGAAACAGUUACUGCUGUAGCAGCAUCAAUUGAUUUGUUUCAGCUGCCUGUAGCAUCAUCGGCUUUAUCUAUAGAUUUGUUUCAGUUGCCUAUAGCAUCAUCAUCAUCUGCUCAAACUGUAGAUUUGUUUCAUCCAUCCGUAGUGUCUUCUGCUUCAUCUAUGGUUGUAAAACAACCUCCAACUGUUUCAACUUCUUCAUUGGACUUUUUUGCCGAUUAUGCUCAGCCGCAGUCAACUGCAACCUGUGCUGAAAAACUGCAAGAGGUUUCUGAGCCCAAAAAUGGAGGAUGGGCCACAUUUGAUACACCUCAUUCCUCACCAUCUAUUCCGGGCACUGGAAAUGUUAACCCCACAAAUGUUCCUUCUGUAGAUGGUGGUUCGGUUGGAAAAUUUGAUCUAUUUUCAUCUCCAGCAUCUAUUUCGGGCACUGGAAAUAACAAUCCUACGAAUAUACCUUCUGUAGAUUGUGUUUCUGUGGCAAAAUUUGAUCCAUUUUCAUCCAUUGGUACAAGCACUCAGUGGCCAUCAUUCCAAGAUUCUAGUUUUAAUGCUCCUUCUUCAUCUAUUUCGAGUCCAUGGAAUAUGCAUGAUGUUACAGUUCCCACUGCAACAAGUGCUCAGUUAUGGAAUGCUUUUGAAGACUCUGCAAGACACCAACCUUUGCAUGGUGUUAAGCGGGGUGAUGAAAUCCAUUUAGAGCCAGACAAGUUGUCAUCAACUGCAGAUCAGUAUUUGGGCUCAAGAGUUUCAGAGAAUUCUAUUGCAGAUGGGAUACAACAGGAUUCUUUCCUUGGCGAACUUGUGGGUCCUGUUAUGCCAUCCCCUAAUUUGAUGGGUCUGUCCUAUACACCACCAAUGCUUUCUUUGGUGGAAGAGACACAAUCUCAUGCAAGUAAACACAAAUCGAAUAACCCAUUUGAUUUUACUUAUAAUUCAGAUUUGGAACAGAACAAUAUGUUUCUGGAUAUGAGCUCCUUGCAAGCUGCUCUCCCAAAUGCCCAGUUGUCUUCAAGCUUCCUUGGUGAUGUAUCUGAACCGUGGUUUCCCCAAAGUUCGGUGGCACCUUAUAUUCCAGCUGCAGGACAAGGUAGGACAAGUGACGGUGGCUUAACAUACAUGGCAGCACAAGUGCCGAGCUCCCAAAUACCGAAUGUCUCAUCACAGGGUUCUGUUGCAUCUGUCGGAGGAAAUCCUUUUGCAUAGGAUUUUGGUGGCAAUUAUCAUUGAUAAGUUGGUAGUACAGGUUUUCUAAGUUUUUGCUAAUAGUUGGUCCCUAUCCUAUAGGCUACAGAAUCAAAAUUAUUAUAGUGCGUUUUUUUUGUUUGUUUGUGGGAAAAAAAAAUAAAAUAAAAUAAACCUUGUUCUGUAGUGCUUUCACCCUUUUUUGCAGGUCAUCAAAAUAUCUGUUCUAUCUGUGAAGAGAUAAAAAAUUAAAAAAAAAUUUGGGAAAACUCGAUAUAUUUUAUACUUAUUAUUAUUCUAAUUAUUACUAUUUAUUAUAAGUAUUAUGAAUUUAUAAUUA